GCUUCUUGUCUGUUCCUCACCAGUCAUAUCCAUCUGCAAAGAAACUUGUGCCUGUGUUUUACAAUAAUUUGCCUCUGCAAAACAUUUUCUUAUUUUGGGUAGUAAGAUUCUUAGAAGAAGAAGACGAAGAAAAUUACAAUGCAUAUUGCUCAUUUCAUAUUCGGUAUUUUUGGAAAUGCCGCUGCUUUGUUCCUCUUCCUGGCUCCAGCGAUCACAUUCAAGAGGAUCAUAAGAAGCAAAUCCACAGAGCAGUUUUCUGGAAUCCCCUACGUCAUGACUAUGCUUAACUGCCUCCUUUCGGCUUGGUAUGGUCUUCCUUUCAUAUCUGAAGACAACCUUUUGGUUUCAACAAUCAAUGGUGCAGGUUCUGCAAUAGAGUUGGUUUAUGUGAUAAUCUUUCUAAUCUUUGCACCUAGGAAGGAAAAGGCCAAAAUUUUUGGCCUCUUGGUAUCCAUUCUCACAGUAUUUGCAACUGUAGCUUUAGUGUCCCUUUUGGCCCUCCAUGGAAACGCCAGGAAAAACUUCUGCGGUUUUGCCGCAACAAUUUUCUCCGUUAUCAUGUAUGCCUCACCUCUGUCUGUCAUUAGAAUGGUGAUUAAGACCAAGAGUGUGGAGUUUAUGCCAUUCUUCUUGUCACUGUUUGUGUUCCUUUGUGGCACUUCAUUUUUUGUUUAUGGGCUGGUUGGUAAAGACCCCUUUGUGGCUGUUCCCAAUGGCUUUGGUUGUGGGCUAGGAGCAGUGCAGCUGAUCUUGUAUUUCAUCUACCACAAGAAGGAGGAUGAGCAAAAGAAGCCUGAGGCCGCAAAUGUGUGUGUUGAGAUGAGCCAAGAGACAAAAGCUGCGGUCAAUGGGGCUAAAGUUGAAGAAGUUUAGGCCUUGUGCUGUUGAAGGAUUGUAAAAACUUGAAUCAUAAUUUCCGUAUCUCAUAAGUAUGUGACUAUGUCUGUAAUUUCAUUUCUUGUAUGUUCUCCGUUUGUGUAAUUUUGAAUGAUGCCAGAAAUUGGAACGCCGAAUUAGAUGAA